UGAGCACCUGCCUCCUAGAAUGGGAAAUGACUAGCACAUAUGUGCGAGGGGAACCUUUACCUUUUUAGAAGGCUAAUAGACUUGGUGCCACAGAAAAUAAAAUAGGUUACAAGUUUCUGUUGUCUUCUACUUCUUUCUGUGUGCACACUUUGCUUCAAUAAUGUGGCAUCACUAUCAGCUACAAAAAGGGAUAAGAUAAACAAUCUUUUAUAAUGGCGGUUUGUGCAAAUAAUCCAAAAGUACUUUCUCCUAUUUUAAUGAAAACUCCUGCUAGCUAAUUAUGAAGUCUUCAUUUGUUUAUCACAGAGCUUGUCAUGUUAGCAGCAUUUGCACAGUACAAGGAAGUAAGUUGAAGAAGAAAAAUCUGAUGUGAACAUCAGGUUCUAUGUUGGCAGAGAAUAAGUGUUAAGACGAUUGUUAGCAAUGUUAGGUUUUAUUCUUAAAGACACUCUUCACCCUGCGAGUAGUCCUGGAUAAGCUAAAUGUAAGUAGGUAGCAUAUUAUUAUGCAAGUUAAAUGAUAAAACCAGUGUAUUGAUUGACAGCUCUGACCUUGAAAAACAGUUGUAGAAUAUGUUAAGCUGAUUCCUGAGAUUGGUGUCCCAAUUCUCAGUGUAUCUCAAUUAGAGAUGGAAACAGCUUAAUGGUACUGGGGGAGGGAUUGGUUAUAGUUGUCAUUAGAAGAAUUGUGGGAACUGAUGCCCUCCAGAUAAUGCUGAACUUGAAAAUUUGGUGCAUGUUAUUAUUGGCAGCUUGCUUGGGAACUAGUUCAGCACUAUCUAAAAAGCUUCAUGUUCCUCAUACUUCAUAUAAAUGAGGAGCUACCAAGAAGGGUAUCUAGUUCGCAAGAAGAAACCCUAAUCUUUCAGAAAGAUCCCCAGGGUGGAGCCGUUGAAGGGUUCAGAGUUUUGGCAUUGAUUACACUAAAUAUCUGAGAGAUGAAAUAAUAUUUAAUCUCAAAUGACCCUUCUUGAUCUACGUUAUCUCCUACAGGUGGUGUAUGUUGCCUGUUCCUAUGCUACCGUAUGGAUGAUUUAUAGCAAAUUCAAAGCCACCUAUGAUGGCAACCAUGAUACCUUCAGAGUGGAAUUCCUGGUUAUUCCAACAGCAGUGUUAGCUUUCCUAGUAAAUCAUGAUUUCACACCCCUAGAGAUUCUCUGGACCUUCUCCAUCUACCUGGAGUCGGUGGCUAUUUUGCCGCAACUCUUCAUGGUCAGUAAAACAGGUGAGGCAGAGACCAUCACAAGUCAUUAUCUCUUCGCUUUGGGAGUCUACCGUGCCCUCUACCUGUUCAACUGGAUUUGGCGCUAUCAGUUUGAGGGGUUCUUCGACCUCAUUGCCAUUGUGGCUGGCUUGGUGCAAACGAUACUGUACUGCGAUUUCUUCUACCUCUACAUUACAAAAGUUCUAAAAGGUAAGAAGUUAAGUUUGCCUGCAUAAAUUAAGAUCAAGACUGCAACGAAAUACUUUGGCCAAGGAGAAUGAAGGGAAUGCUUCACAGAAAAUUGGAUAUGCAGAUUGAGAUUUCUUUUAAAAUAUUAGUGUCCUAUUGAUCUCAACUUCCACCCUGAACUUUGAUCUAAGUGUGGUUUGAGACAAAACAACGGAUGGUCUUUCUACAAAACAGACUUCUCUAAUUGGGGGUGAAGUGAAGCACAGCUUGAAUCCCAAGCUAACAAUGACUACUCCUGGUUAAUAUGUAAAUUGUAGAUUUUGGGGUUUUUUAAACCCAUUUUGAUCAUUCUCGGUGUCUAUAAUGCUUGAGUAUUAUUUUUUGAUGAAUCAGCACAAAUAGGAAAUACAUUUUAAAAAAAUCUGUUCUCUCUAUCCUCUUAGUUUGCACUCAUUAUUUUGGGUGUUAUGUUGAUAAAUGCAAGCUUUUCUGUUCAUGAAGGCCUGGUGCUACAAAGCUAUCCAGAUAGACAGGAAUGCUUGCAAAUUGUUUCUUUUUAUUAAGUAUGGGUUUCCUUGGAUCUAUUUUUGAAACAGUGGCAAGAAAAUAUCUUUCUCCUUUAAAUAUUUGUCACUUACUCUUUCUUCAUUUUUGUAUUAUUUGAUGAUUAAAACUUCAUCCACUACAAAUAAAAUGGAAAAACUCUUCCCCUUAUUAAUUAGUGCCUUUGUGGGAAGGAUGGGAAUUUAAAUAAAAAUAAAUUCUGCUUUUUGCCAGUUUGUACUCUUUGUGCUUCAGAGUAUAUUGUGCUAUUCGUCUUCAUUGUCCCAUAUUUUUUUAUUGUGCUUUUUCUGAUCUCUCUUAGUGACUUAUUCUCCUAGGGCCUAUACUAUUAAAUACUGUAUUAAAACAUUCUUUCUAUAAAUGCCCCGUCACUGCUGCUGCUUGAUACUACAUCAUAUCUGAAUUGAUAACAAAUUUGUAUGUUUUCAUGAGAACAUUUUAAAUCUUAUUAUACUGCUGCUAUGAACCUGAACAAUCAGUGAAACUAAAAUUCAAGCCAUGUUUCAGCCAAUCUAGACUUUCAAUUUGUAUUACACCUUGAUUUAACCUGCAUGUAUGCUUAGUCAAAAGCAAAAUCUUUAGAAUACUUGCUUUGAAGACUAUGAAGGCAAGAUUGCACAGAUCAUCUGAUUUGAUACAAUUACUUAGAAAUAAGUUGCAUUGAAUUCAGUGUAUAUAAGAAGGAGCAAUUUCUAAAUAGCCAUAUUAAAAUAUUAUCUAUUGAAUUAA